UAUCAAUGAUGUUUCAAUAUAAAUUACCAAUCAAAUUGUAAUUUUUCUUUAAUCGGUGUUCUGUAAGUUCGAAAUGGCACGAGCAUUCAUUUGUUUUUUAUUGAUACAGUGUUUUGUUUUAAAGGUACUAUCAUCAUACCCUCAACCAACAGUCCAGCAGUACCUUCAACUGAUGGGGUUGCCCCAACCCCACACAAUUGCUGUACCAGCUCAACCACCACCACCGAGCCAACCAUGUGCACCCAGUCAACCAAGACCUCCGCCUUCACCACAAACACUUGCAGCCUUAGCUCUUCCUAAUCUGGUUUCUAAAUUACAGCAAUCCUUGCCACCGACCAAUCAACCUAGACCUGUGUCCGCUCCGCCGCCGCUAACCGCGAUAGGUCUACCUAAUUUGGUUGCUCCAAAAACAGAACUUAAAGCAGAAAAAUCAAGCGUUGAUGCAAAAUUGCUUAACAAUUUAGCUGUUGCUUUACAAUUACUUAUCGUUAGUAAUAUUCUAAAUUCACCACCACCCAAAGAAUCAUUACUAGCUAAAGCUGCAAGCGAAAACAGUCCUUAUGCACCUCCGUGUUCAGUACCAACUGUACCGAAUUCCAAUUUUAUUGGAGGUUCAAAUUACCCUGAACAGGGUUUGUCAAAGAGUUAUAAACCUACUAGAAAUGGCUUGGCGUUAAUGUCGCCUUAUGAAGCUUUGGCACCUGUAAAAUCUUAUUCAGAUUCUUACUCUUUCGGUUCUUUGAAUCCACGACAGGACUUCCAAUCUCCUUAUGCUGUUUUUGCCGAUCAGGAUCUGUUUUCAAUGAACGAUUUGUUUUAG